AUGGACUCAGGAAAUGUUUCCUUGGUGACUGAAUUUAUUCUGGUAGGAUUAACAGAGCAGGCUUAUUUACAAAUACCCCUGUUUCUUCUGUUUCUAGCAAUGUACCUGGUCACUGCAUUAGGAAAUUUGUUUUUGAUAAUACUAACUGUGCUGAACUCUCACCUUCACACCCCUAUGUACUUUUUCCUCUUUAACUUGUCUUUUAUAGACCUCUGUUAUUCUUCUGUGUUCACUCCCCAAAUGCUGAUGAGCUUUAUAAUAAGGAAGAAUACAAUUUCUUACAUGGAAUGUAUGACUCAACUCUAUUUCUUUUGUUUUUUUGUUAUUUCUGAGUGUUAUGUAUUGACUUCAAUGGCCUAUGAUCGCUAUGUGGCCAUCUGUAAACCACUGUUGUAUAAUCUUGUUAUGUCCCCUAAGUUAUGUUUAAACCUUAUUCUUGGUUCAUACUUUAUUGCAUUUUCUGAUGCGGUAGCUCACACUGCAUGCAUGCUGAAACUGACAUUUUGUGAUGCCAACAUCAUCAACCAUUACUUCUGUGAUAUUCCCACUUUGCUUCAGCUCUCCUGUACAAGUACAUAUGUCAAUGAGCUUGUAAUUUUUGUUGUUGGGUGCAUUAAUAUCAUUAUUCCUUCUUCAACUAUAUUUAUUUCCUAUGGUCUCAUCCUUUCCAAUAUCUUCUGCAUGAGAUCCUCAGAGGGCAGGUCCAAAGCUUUCAGCACCUGCAGCUCCCACAUCAUUGCUGUUUUUCUGUUCUUUGGGUCAAGUGCAUUUGCUUAUUUCAAAUCCUCCUCAGCUGGGUCUUUAGAUGAAGGAAAAAUUUCUUCUGUCUUUUAUACCAGUGUAGUUCCUAUGAUGAAUCCCUUAAUCUACAGCUUGAGAAACAAAGAUAUUAAACUUGCCCUCAGGAAAACUCUGAGCAGGACGAACUUUUGA